GAGGGCCCUGAUUCCAUUCAGUCACGCACUCGUAUAACGACGACGACGGGAGACACACGUUUUGACGAAUCGAGAAAAUAGUUUGCUGUAAUUGUGACUUGUGCUGGGUGUUCAUUGAGAAAGGCUAAUCACAACUGAACGAUCCGUCCGCAAUGGGUGGGUUUGCAUGGGUCACAUUGGCCACCAAUGACUCGUACUCUCUUGGAGCACUUGUCUUAGCGCAUUCGCUGAAACGUGUGGGCACCAAACAUGAUCUGGCGGUACUCGUCACUCCUGGUGUCACUGGAUCCAUGAGGGAAAAAUUGUCAGCGGUCUUCAAUCUGGUCCAAGAGGUCAAUGUUCUCGAUUCGAGGGACGAAGCGAACCUUGCGCUUUUGGCUAGACCUGAGCUGGGGAUCACUUUCACGAAGUUACAUUGCUGGAGACUGACGCAGUACGAGAGAUGUGUCUUUGUCGAUGCUGACACUUUGGUGGUGAGGAAUUGUGACGAGCUAUUCGAACGUGAGGAGCUGUCAGCAGCUCCCGACGUAGGCUGGCCAGACUGCUUCAACUCUGGAGUAUUUGUGUUCACUCCGUCCCAACAGACAUUUGCGUCAUUAACAGCGUUCGCAGCAUCGAAAGGGUCCUUUGAUGGUGGUGACCAGGGUCUCCUGAAUUCCUACUUCAGCGACUGGGCACACAAGGACAUUUCCAAGCACCUGCCCUUCAUCUACAACAUGUGUUCGACAGCGAGCUACUCUUAUCUCCCCGCUUACAAACAGUUCGGAGAUGAUGUCAGGAUCAUCCACUUCAUCGGUAGCACGAAGCCCUGGCUCCAGUGCUUCGACUCCCUGACCGGCCAGGUUCAACCCACCCCAGGGACCCAUCACCUCCAGCCCCUUCUUCAACUCUGGUGGAACAUCUUCUGCGAGAGCGUUCACGGCCAGUUAUCACCAGUCAUGCUAAGCAAUGACCACGGGGACACGCGUUACCGCGAGACUGGCAUCGCGGGUGCACUGGCCCAGCUGACACUCGGGGAAUCUAGGAGUCCGGAGCAAAUCGCUCUCGAGGAGCACAUGCGGAAGUACAGCUGGGAACAGGGGCAAAUAGAUUACAUGGGACGCGAUAGCUUCGACAACAUCUGGAAGAAAAUAUGCACGACCAUCGAUACUGCACCGACGAAGGAGAAAACUCCACCAAAAGAAGUAACUCCUCCAGUGGAUGACGAAAAAGCCCCAGAGCUUCCUACCACUGCGACUACAGUUCCACUAGCGAAGAAAGCGGCUCUAGCUGAAGAAACUGCUCCAGAAGAACCGAAAAAAUUACCCCAGGAAACGACAUCUAUAUCCCUUGACCCCCAGCAAACGACCCCAACGGAACAACUGAAGCCGACCGAAAAACAAGAAGAGCCAACGAAAUUCCCUGCAGGAGAUUCCACUGGAUCAUCGACUCCGACGACUGAGCAGGCCCCCAUCCCCGAUAUUCUCCGUAUAUCUGCAGGUCCUCCCCUCUUGCCCCUGACCGCUUCCCCCCCAAUCUUAUCCCUGACCUCUUCACCCCCAAUUCUAUCGAUCAAAGAGGCUGGAGAGAAAGCCCAAGCAUUAACAGCACCACCACCGCCAAAACCGAAAUCAGAAAAUGAAGAGCAAUUGAAAAAAGAAGAUAUAAGAGAAACGGUAAUCCCCUUGGGUUACACCUCCCCUACGACCUUCGAAACCACGACUUCUCUGAAUCUCUCAGAGUCAGAGAAGACCCAGGACGUGCCUGAGAGCCCAGUGCCCAUCCAGGUAGCCGAAUCCGUUCUAGAAGCCGACAUUAAAGAGUCCGUCUCAGAACACAUCAAACCAGUGACUGAGGAAGCUAUAUCUUCAAUUUCCGCACCUGUCCAGGAGUCUGUAUCCGCUGUUGUGGAGACACUUGAGCCUGCGGUGCCAGUGCAGGCCCCACCAUCCCUGGAAGCAGUACCCACUCAACCAAAUGGCACAGGAGGAUUUGAUUCUGAUGUUAAAUCUGAUGAAGAUGCUCCAGGGAUUGCAAUUGUACCCGUGGUUGAGGCUGCACCUGCACCAGAGCCUCCAAGUUGUCCUCUUCAGCCUGGAGAAGCCCUCGAGAUUACCUCCGUCGAAGAAUCUAAAGUUUCUGAGUCUGCUCUAGUCGCUGAAGAAGCCCUCGAGACACUUCCCGAACCCCAGGCGACGAUUCCAAAGUCAUUGACCCAGGAAUUACUACCGGAGGUGCCACCGCUGUCUUCUGAGCCUCUUCAAGACUCAUCCCCACCCCGAGACUCUCCCGAAAAAUCCCCCGAACCCGUUUCCGAAACCUCUGAGGCCCUGGACUCAUCCCAAAAAUCAGGAACCCCCGAGAAAUUGCCAACCCCAGCGACUCCAACAGUAAUCGAGGCAACGCCUCCUACAAGUCCACAAUUGGAACUGUCUCAGGAUCAGAGUGAGGAGGCGAAAGCCUCGAAGAAGCCUGUGAAAAAAUUAGUGAAGAAAACAAGCUCCGAGGAGAAGACAGAGUCGAGCGAAGCCGACGACGUGAAGAAACCAGCGAAAAAAGUUGUGAAGAAGGUGGUGAAAAAACCGAGAGAGGGAGAGGAGGGAGGAGAAGGGACUUCAGAGAAACCGAAGAAGGCAGUGAGAGUUGUGAAGAAAGGAUCAAAAGCAGGUGAGACUCUGCAAGCAGAAUCAUCAGUGCCUGAGACACCGCCACCACCAGGAGACACCCCAGUGCCACCGAAGCGGAAAGCAAAGCCAGGGACUACAAAACCAGUCAAGAAACCAGAGACCGAGCAAUGAACAAACUGAGAUAAUCGAUAUUUUCUAAGGUUUUUUUUACGCAGCGUUUAUAUUAAUGAUAUAGUCUUGUGAUGGGUCGUUUCUUGGCGGUGUUCAACUAGUCUGUGGUUUUUCUUCGUGUUUUUUAUUUACUACUACUGAUUAAUCCUCCGUUACAUGCAUCAGUGAAUGGAAAAGGGUAAUUGAAAGUUCCCAGCAAUUCGCAGCAAUUAAAGAGUAUUGAAACAAAUCGAAAGGGCACGUGUGUAACGAUGGAUGGAGUGAAAAUUAAUAACUCAGACCUCAAGUAAUUUUGUCAGAAAAUUCAGACUGACUAUCUCAGAUCAAAGCGCACAUUUGUUUUGUACUAAUCGAUAAGAGCCCAUUCAGUUUCUUCUUUUUCUAUUUAUGUACCCUAAUACCGGAAUAUUUUUCAGUAAGAGAUUUUUCGCACUUGCUUUAAUUACCACUCUCCCCUGGCCAUCCUAGGUAUAUUAAUUUAUGUAAUGUAAGGAUUUUUAUUUCAAUCUAGUGAGUGCUUUGGCCUGCCAAACCGAACACUCGUCGUUUCUGUUCUGAAUUCAUAACGUCAAGUUUGCAACGAUUUAAUAAUGUUAACUAUUCAUAAUAAUUGAAUAUGAGAUUGUUGAUUGGAGUACGAUGCAUUCGCGAGAUACAUACGAUUGAAUCAAUAAAGAGAAUUACGUGCAAAUUAA